GUUGGAUCCGGACAUAAAGGAGUGGUGGGUUGUUGUCAGCGUACCGCUGCGUGCGAAACUCGCGGGCCACCUUGGUAACAUACGCAAGGAUGCCCCCCACCGCAACUUCGUUAUCUGUCAAUGAAGUUGGUGGUGCAUAGAAGGAUAGACACAGCAGCGCCAAAACUGGUCAUCCCGCGCCUCGAUGUGCUGGCAUACCCCGCACCGAACAUUCGCUAUAAAUUCAUGUGCACUGUGACACGAGGCUUGUGUGACGGAGAAGGUGGCUGCGAUCGGGACCACGACUCCGUCAUUGUCACCCCGAUCAAGUUGGGCGAUUUAGAGGCCAGUCAAAUUCCAGUGGUGGCGAUCCAACGAAUGUGCCAUGGGCUUUGCCCCAGGACCCAUGACCCACGCCACAACUUGAGACUAGCUGCAGUCACUGACUGGAUGGACAACGACUACACAGUUUUUCAGUGGGGCUGCAAUAAGCUGAGCCUGAUGAACGGCUUAGUUGCUACCUUCCGUACCAAUAGGCGAUACAUCUCCAUUCACAGCUCUGCUUUGACAGUGGGGGAGGUCUACACCUUUUAUGUCAAUGUGACUGCAUCCGUAAUUGAAGGGAAAACUUAUUCUGCAUCACUCACUGUUGAGAUUGCAAGUGUUCCUUAUUGCAGCAUGGACGCGACUAUGUGUCUAAAACUCUCGAUCACUGAGGAAGCGCCUCUUCUGGUCCCAUCUUUUUUUCCAUCGAAGUAUGUUGGGGAAGAUCCUCUUCCACUAACAACAAAGGUGGUGCGAGCCGUUGCCAGGGGCUGGGCAGCAGCAACAUCCUACCCCCUCCGGUACGAAUUCGGGUUUUAUCUAGAUUCAAGCACACGUUUCCCUGCCGUGGUGAACUCCCUCAAGCCAUCGCACUUAUUCUAUUCUCUUCCUCCUGCGCUUGUGGACGCUGCAAAUCACACACAUCAGCUGUAUGUUUGUGUGACGGAUGCCAUGGGGGCUCGCUCCUGCAUGAACCGCAAUGUCACGGUAACUGUUAGACAGAGUGAAGCACGGAGACGCAGACUGAGGAGUGAGGUGCGUGCACGGGAAGCGGCGGGCACGCCUAAUGUGAGGAAGACAUCCGUAAGCCGACAAGUCGCUGCUUCAGCCCUCAGGAGGCAAUUGAAUUUUCUGCUUCAAGUGAACCCGGCUCAGGUUCCUGCUUUUGCGCUGGAAAAGUGUUUAGAGCAAUACGCGGAAGAUCGACUGACUUCCUGGUCCUCAUCUUCUUCUCCUUUGCAUUAUUACAAGGCUACAUCAUUCUUAGAUCGUGCACAGCUGCAUGUCAUCCUGGUGACGGCCUUGGGACAGAGUCUUCUCAGCCCAUCAGCCGCCAACCCGGUUGGCGUUCUGCAGGCCUUGCGAGCGUGCACGAUAGAUGUUGAUGGCAGCGAUGCACGUGUGGUGGCUAUGGCUGCCGAGACCUCACAGGCAGCGCUGGAUCUGCUCCUGUCCAGGGCAAGGAUGCUCCCUACCAUUUCCUUUUCCGCACACCCACGAGCCAUGGUGACCAAUGAUGUGAUCAACGUAUUACUGAAUAUAUUUUCACAAGUGUCCAGAUCAGCUCAUUUCCGAUCACUCCAUGGCAAUGCAUCUAGUACCAAUUUUGUUGCCAAGUCAGGAAAUCUGAAAGAUCCGCUGUCCUCCUUCUUUGUGUCCACUUCUUCCAUCCCAGACUCCCAACCACCCACAUCUGCUGGGUCAUCCUCAUCAGACGUCACACAAUCAGCUAUGGAGGGGGAGGAGGAGGAGGACGACGAGGAGAACGACGAGGAGGAAGAGGAAGAAGAAGCAGCCCAUUCCUGGCUGUUGCUACAAACUCGCAACAGUUCUUGGCCAAGCGAAGGAGAUCCUCAGCACAACAAUCUCACGGCGGUCAACGUGAGCGUUGUCGAUAAUCGCAACCGCAGUCGUCCCAAAGGGCAGAGAAAGACCAAGUUACCUGGGGUUUCAAGAAAUGCGAACGACUCGGCAGCCAGUACACAGCGCACUCCACUGCACAAUUCAACAUCAACCUUUGUUUCCUUGCAACCGUCUUAUAUGAACGGCCCCUUAGUUGCUUCAACAUUUGGUAGCCGGCCGGUAAACUCGGUAGCUGAGGUAAGUGAGGUAGGAAAGCAAAACAUGACAGCAGCCUGGUCGGUAGCCGCAGUUGCUGAGAAAAGUAAAGUAGGAAAGCCAAGCAUGACAGCAGCAGCCAUAGGCCCUUCCCCUGGACACCAGAACAACAAGAGUGAACCGUCUCGCUCAGGCAUCGACAAACCGAAAGCAGACUCUUCAAGGACUGAAAUGAGCCUCCGCCCACAUGGAAAACCGAAUGUAGCUAAUCCUGGAGAUGAGCAUCAGGUUCAGGGUCACGACCAUAUUCGAUGGAAGCCUUCUAAGAGGGCAACUGGAGAUGUGAAGGGAUCCACUCGAGGUUUGCCGACUCAGAAAGAUAAGGACAGUCACUCCACUCGACGCCACGUUCCUAGACUUAAGAAACAGGAGACUCGGGUUCAAACAAUGGGUUAUGGACCGAACCUCCGUGUCAAAUUCGGGGCAAUAGGCUUUCCUACAGGCGACGAGCUUUUGAAGGCAGCACUUCGGGCAUACUCCUCCAUUGAUUCCGCAAUGAGCACACUGAAGGAUGUCAUCGGCUCUGCACUUGUACCUGGAGAGUAUGAAGUUUUCAUCAGUGAGGACGAGAACCUGGCGCUCGAUGUCCGGGUCGUAAGCCCCCGCCAACUACAUCUCCUCAACCGGUUAUCUUCUCCCAUCUUCAUGGGCCACCACAACAUAUCAACGGAUGAUGAUGUGGAGUGGCUUCUUUCCCAAGAGUCUGGUGGUGGUGCUUCAAACGCAACAGGGGGCGUCCAGCCUCUACAAUCUGGUACAGUGUCCAGAGGAGGGGAGGUAUACGUGGCACCUGUAUUCACCCCUAUCGAUCCCAUAUUCAACSCACUCCCAGACCCUCUCAAUCCUCCACCUAUUGUCCUUCCUCCUCCACUUCCGCCUCCAGCACCAGGCCGAGCCAUUCAAGCAACACCUCAAUCUCCAGAGUUCCAUCCGGCCGGUGACGUUGGAUCAGAUUCUUCCGAUUCAUUGUCCGAGUCAUUUUCCCAUAAGCCUGCCCCAGGGAUUUCCACCACUUCUGUACUCUCUUCACCCCACUCUGUGUCGCAUCCUUUGUCUUCUCCAUCGUCACCAUCAUCUCUUACAUCAUCCUCGACCUCACACUCGUCUCCACCAUUGCCCCGAUCGUCGCUCGCUUCAGGGUUUUUUUCUGCCUUGUCCAGUGCAUCAUCAUUUCUAACAUCAUGGUCUUCCUCAUCCAUGGCGAGGUCCUCUCCGCCGACACCAGCGGCAGGGUCUAAUGCAUCUACUAGGCCUCCAGAACAUCAGGUUGGCCCUCGUCACCCCCCUCCUCGUUCCCCUACUUCUUCUUCAUUGCCUUCUCCCUCCCCCACAGCAGAAAAGCAACCAACCGACACUUCAACAGUCCGGCCGUCAUCAUCGUCACCGCCAUCAGCAGUGGCAUUGGAGCCAUUUGUAAACACGCGUAGCGACGACGGUCAAGGUCCUGCCCUUUCUGCAGCAGCAAUGCACUCAUCAUCAUCACCAGCAGCAGCGGUGCAGGCAUCCUCAUCAUCGUCGGAACCAGCAGCAUCAGUGGCCCCACACCAACCAGGGACAGGGAGAGACAGACCUGCACCGCACGGUGCAUCGUCCAAUUUGUCAGACCGGUCUUCAAGGUCCCAAGUCGCCAAGAUGAACCGGACAGCGGCAACAAACCUUGAAGAGAAAGAGACCUCAGCCCGGAGAAGGGAUUCAAAACAGAAAAAGCCGAGCGUGAGAAUAAGUGAGCAACCCUCCAGUUCCGAUUCCGGCCCUCCUCCCCCCCCAUCAGCGGCGGGAACGAUGCUGCUGGACCCCUGUGCCAUAGUGCAGCUACCCAGAAACCUGAGCCGAUGGUGUGCGUCGCAGCGGCAGUGUGAUCAAUCGCAGGGCCUGGUCGUCGGCAUUUCCUGCAUGCGCGACAUGUCAAUCCUACAGAGGUAUGUCAGCCGUAAUCUCGGGGCUAUAGUGACAAGCGGGGUCACAUUUCACAUGGGUACUCAGCCCCCUUUCUUGAAGUUAUCGUCGGAGCCUACGACUCCACCGAGUAGCGGAUUCACCCCACUGACGCCUAUCUCCUUUGGGAUGUCAAAUACUGCCCUCACCAGAGCGCCUCCAUUUGGGAUGACACAAGUGGUUCUGCCAAUCGAUGAAGCCCGCUAUAACCCUAAUGACACAAUUCACCGGUGCCGUUUCCUCCUUGGGGAGCAACACAAUAUUUUCCGGGUGGACAAUUUGGCAAUUACCCCCCUGCAGCGUUCUAGAAUCGCCUGCCAGUUCUUUGAGCUGAAAACGUCAAGCGUUGUUAUGGUAUUCCAAGUGCAGAUCCCGCCAUCAGGUCGCGACCAUAACCCCAGUGCACGGAACAGUCAGCUACGACUGGAAGGAGCCAAUACCACACAUGACAUCAUCAGGUUGAUUGGAACCUUUGUGGCGGGAGUCGUCGUUACCGCACUCCUGGUUAUCGCGGUGAAGAUGAAGAUAAGCCCAGGCAAAAUCAAGGCACUCUGGCAGGGGAUGCUGCGCAAGCUGUGCGGAGGACAUCCCAAGCCCGUUACACCCUCUGGUGUAGUCAAACACACUGAUAGCUUUGCCGUUCAAAGCUCUGUUGGAUCCCUGGCAAGUUUCACGUACCCGUCAAGUAUAGUCCGAACCGACUCUGUGACAUCAAAGCUGACCACUGUGUCCGAGAACGACCCCUUCGCACCCACAUCGGAUGAUGCAGAAACAAGAACAAAACCCCUCAAACGAUCACAGUCCCAGAAGAAUAAACUCAGUUGGGGGAGCAAGUAACACAGGCACAUAGCAGGCGCAGCGUGUGGAACAAAGAAUCCAUCAAACAAACAGUGUCCCACAAG